AUGGCAUCCUACACACCCCUUCAACAAGACCGCCAGGCCCGAAACAAAGCCACCCACAAAGCACCUGCGGCAGGCAGCUCCAAGACUACGGCCAACCCCGCUCAGCAACCAUCGAACACCUACACCGAUGCCCAGUUGCACGCUGACGAGACCUUCGAAGAGCGCGAGCGGCGUCACAAUGCCGCCAGGACACUUGAGAGCAACGAGAUGCUCAUCUGGUUGAGUAUGAGCAGGAAUGAGUCUGUGCCACAGAUACGCCUCUACUACGAAAGAGUGCUCGCGGGCUUCGAUCCUGAUGCUGACGAUGGAGACAAGGCAGGGGAUGAGGUGAGGGAGAAGAGUGGCAGGAGAAGCCUGGGGAAGGAAAGGGAGGGUGGAAGUUCGCCUGGGAAGGGGAGGAGAGUGAAAGCCGCGACCGGGAGUGGAAGCAAGAAGAAGAGGAAUACGGGCAGCGGGGCGGCUUAA